AUGGCCCGUCAGUGUGAUGAACCCUGGCAGAAACAGACGCCGGACUCAGGGCUCAGGCUCUCUGCUGCGCUGAGACUCAUCACCAUGCUGUCCAAGAUCAGUAGCCAGAAUUCUCUGACAGCCAGUCUGUGCAGUCUCAGACUGCUCUUCGAUUCUCCCCCGGAGAAAAAAGCCCCUCUCUCCCUCACGGGCAGAAAGGACACCAGCACCCCCAUUCACGCGCUCUCUCCGGCGCCUCAGAGCCACACACCCGACAGUUUGUCAGGCACAACAGCUGACAGGAGCAACGGCGACGGGGAAGAGAUUUUAUCAUCUGAGAGUGAAGAGAGAAUCUCGGUCAGUGAGAGUAAGGAAACGGUUUCUCUCGAUGAGACUAAAGAUGUGUCAAGGCUCUCAAGCUUGGCUGAUACGUCUGAGAGAACGCUGACCAAAGAUGAGGUCUCAGAGAUGGACACUGUGUCAGUGGCAGGGACGGCCGAGGGCAAACCUGACGAUGUCAUUCUCUUCUCUAUUGAGGCCAAGGACGGCUGUGUUUGUGAGUGCUCUGGACCUUUAGGACUGGAAGGUGGAAUCAUAUCCAACCAGCAGAUAACAGCCUCGUCCACUCACCGUGCCCUGUUUGGCUGGCAGAAGUGGUACCCUUACUUUGCCAGGCUGAACAAGAAGGGGCUGGUGAACGCCUGGACCGCGGCUGAAAACGACAGGUGGCCCUGGAUUCAGGUGAAUCUACAGAGAAGGAUGCGAAUAACUGGGCUGAUCACGCAGGGCGCCAAGCGCAUGGGCAGCCCAGAAUACGUCAAGAAGUACAAAGUGGCUUUCAGUGACGAUGGACAGACCUGGAGCAUGGUCAAAGUCAGCGGCACAGACGAGGACAUGAUAUUCACUGGAAACGCUGACAACAGCUCUCCCUCAGUGAGCUCCUUCAGCCCGCCCAUCGAGGGGCAGUACCUCCGCGUUUACCCGCAGGUCUGCAGGAGGCACUGCACUCUGCGCAUGGAGCUGCUCGGCUGUGAGCUCUCAGGCUGCUCGGAGCCAAUGGGGAUGAAGACCGGACACAUUGAGGACUACCAGAUCACUGCCUCCAGUGUCUUUCACACCCUCAAUAUGGAUAUGUUCUCCUGGGAACCUGGCAAAGCCAGACUGGACAAACAGGGCAAAGUCAACGCAUGGACGUCUGCACACAAUGACCAAUCGCAGUGGUUACAGGUGGAUUUGCUGCUCCCCACUAAAGUGACGGGCAUCAUCACCCAAGGUGCCAAAGACUUUGGGCACGUGCAGUUUGUGGGCUCAUAUAAACUGGCAUUCAGCAACAACGGAGAGAAAUGGACGAUAUACCAGGACGAGUCACUGAAGAAGGAUAAAGUCUUCCAGGGAAACUUUGACAAUGAAACACACAGAAAGAACGUGAUAGAUCCUCCCAUUUACGCGCGGUUUAUCCGGAUUAUUCCAUGGUCCUGGUACGGACGUAUCACCAUGAGGGUGGAGCUGUUGGGCUGCACAGAGGAGGAGGAACAGGAGAAAUGA